CUCGACGGCGCGCGCGCGCGGGAGGGCGCGGGCUGCAGGUGGGGGACUGCGGAGAGCAGGGGCACGCAUCCCACCGGGUCAGGCUGACCCAGGACGGGGGGAGAGAUCUCGGUUCUCGGGCUCGCGAGUCCCACAGACAACCCGGACGCUCAGCAGCGCUCCGCUGGCUCUGGGACGUCAAGAGCUUCUCGAGAAGUGGGGGCAGCCGCCUCCGGGCUGCCGUGCGCCCCGAGCGGAGGCGCUGCAGGUUCGCCGGUCUUGUGAGACUCUGCUGUCUGUCCCGGGGCCUCCCUCUCUUGCCUCCCUAAGAAGGCUGGUCUUGCGGUGGCCGUGAACCUGUGGGCAGGAUGCCAGCAGGGCUCUGGCAGAGUGGACAGCCACCAAGAGCCUGCAGGCCCCGACAGGGCAUCUCCAGGUGGACAGAAACGAGGUCCCGGGAGGGCCGGCUAGGCUUCUUCACCUCGGGCAUCCUACAUCAGUCAGGAAGCUGCUGUCCAGUCAUGGAGGGAGAGGAGAAGCCAGCUCAAGAGGCUGAUAUGGAACCCGUGGUGACAUCAGGGGCCUCGGAAGCAGUGCCAAGGGUGCUUUCUGGAGACCCUCAAAACAUCUCUGAUGUGGACGCCUUCAACUUGCUCCUGGAGAUGAAGCUGAAGAGACGGCGUGAGCGGCCCAACCUUCCACGCACUGUGACCCAGCUGGUGGCCGAGGAUGGGAGCAAGGUGUAUGUGGUGGGCACUGCUCACUUCAGUGACGACAGCAAGCGGGAUGUAGUGAAGACUAUCCGGGAGGUGCAGCCGGAUGUGGUCGUUGUGGAACUCUGCCAGUACCGUGUGUCCAUGCUGAAGAUGGACGAGAGAACGCUGCUACGAGAGGCCAAGGAGGUCAGCCUGGAGAAGCUCCAACAGGCUGUCAGGCAGAAUGGGCUCAUGUCUGGACUCAUGCAGAUGUUGCUGCUGAAGGUGUCUGCCCACAUCACUGAGCAGCUGGGCAUGGCCCCUGGUGGCGAGUUCAGGGAAGCCUUCAAGGAGGCUAGCAAGGUACCGUUCUGCAAAUUCCACCUGGGUGACCGGCCCAUCCCCGUCACCUUUAAGAGGGCCAUUGCUGCACUCUCCUUCUGGCAGAAGGUCAAGCUGGCCUGGGGCCUGUGCUUCCUGUCAGACCCAAUCAGCAAAGACGAUGUGGAGCGCUGCAAGCAGAAGGACCUAUUGGAGCAGAUGAUGGCAGAGAUGAUCGGGGAGUUCCCUGACUUGCACCGAACCAUUGUCUCAGAGCGUGAUGUCUAUUUGACUUACAUGCUGCGGCAGGCUGCACGGCGCCUUGAGCUUCCCCGCGCCUCCGAUGCUGAGCCCAGGAAGUGCGUCCCAUCUGUGGUUGUGGGUGUUGUUGGCAUGGGUCAUGUGCCUGGCAUUGAGAAGAACUGGAGCACCGACCUCAACAUCCAGGAGAUCAUGACAGUUCCCCCUCCGUCCAUCUCGGGCAGAGUGUCCCGGCUGGCCGUGAAGGCUGCCUUCUUUGGCCUGCUGGGCUACAGUCUGUACUGGAUGGGCCGUCGAACCAUGAACCUGGUCCUAUCACUGCCUGCUGCGCAGUUCUGCCUCCAGAGGGUGAGCGAGGCUCGGCCAGGCCGGUAGGAGGACCAUGCAAAGGAGAGACCACACCCAGGGGCUCUUCUCCUCUGCAUCACAUCUGGUGCUCCCGAGGAGCUGGCAUCACCUGUCCAGAGAUGUCCCUGGGUGCAGAUACAUCCAAGCCACCCCCUAUGGGGGCCUAGGCCAGGCUUAUCCCACCUUCCCCAUGCCCAGCCCACCCAAAUAAAGAAUAUUUAACUGUCUGAGCUCAGGCUUCCCAGCAGCCCCAUACACACACUGUAGGGGCCACCCAUGGGCGUCAGGGCCGUCCACAGUGUCAGGACCCAGCGGCCUAAUUCCAAAAGGGCCAGAAGCUGAGGGAAGGCACUGAGGUGCCCCACACCUAACCCCAGGGUGGGCCUGGCAAGCUGUUGCUCUACCUACCUCACUGUGCCUUGUGCUCUGGCCGGCAGGAGCAUCUGGCCCCGAGUGCAUCUCACUGUGGGUUUGGGGCCGGCAAGUUUGGGGAGCUGGGUGUCCAUGCAGCUCUUUCCUGUAGGUGUGUAGGCCUUUGGCUGGCCUAGACAUGCAUGUGGCGUUGCCAGCUGUAUCUCUACCUGCAGAGAGUCUGUGGUUUGGUUUUUUGUUUUUUUAAUGUCAAAAAGUUUUUUACUCAGGUAAUUUUGACGUCAAAGAAAAAACAAACUGAAGCAAAUAUCAGGAAAUACAAGCCUUAAAUCCAGCGAGGACAAAGAAGUCUUUUUAUUUGUAUUCGUGUGCCCCGAGUGGGCAGUGUAUGUCAGAGAGUCAGAUGGGGGUCCAGGGCAGCCCCUGCUCGACUCUACUACAGCUCAGUGUGGCGUUGGGCUGCCUCAAGUAUCAGCCUGCUUCCCUGGCUGCCCUUGGUGCUGGGAGGGGCUUGACCUGAUUCCUGUGCACUAGGUGGGAUGCCCAAACUGGACAGUAGUGGACACACUAUGGGCCACAAACCUAAGGCCAUGGUUGGCUUGUGCACGCCAGCCAUUCAUGUGUACAGGCUGUGGCUCCUGACAUACUGCACAGCCUGGCAAGACCAAGACCACUCUGAAUAUCCUUGUGUUGACUGCCAAAUCAGGUGAAACACUGAGCGGGGCAGGGGAUACAGGGCUGGUUGGGCUGUGUACUUCUGUCUCACACUCGUGGAUUCAUUCCCUAGAAAGAGAAAUAAAUUUUAAUUUUGGAAGCUCC